UGAUUCCCACCAGAAGCAGAAAGAUAGACAUAGAGAUAGGGAUCCAACCCUCCAUUUAUCAGCUCUUCCUAUUAAGGUUGAGACCUUAUCAAGGUACUCAUUCUCUGUGGUUUUCUCCUAAUUCUACCUCUACUACCUAAUACUCCCCUUGAUGAGAGAGAGAGAGAGAGAGAGAAAUCUCCAAAUAUUGGCCUCAGUUGUUUAGGUUGACAUCAUAACAUACAAAUGAUUGAACCAAACUUUGAAGAAAGAGCAGACAUGUUAGAAAAAAUGGCAGAAGAAGCAAUUCCAAUGGGUUUUGUUCAAAACCCAACUGGUGCAUCCAACCCUCCCCAUCUAAAGAAGAAGAGAAACCUCCCAGGAACCCCAGAUCCUGAAGCCGAAGUCAUCGCCUUAUCACCCAAAACUCUCAUGGCCACCAACAGAUUCCUGUGUGAGAUAUGUGGGAAGGGGUUUCAAAGGGAUCAAAACUUGCAAUUGCAUCUAAGGGGACAUAACCUACCAUGGAAGCUCAAGCAGAGAACUAGCAAGGAACCGAGGAAGCGUGUUUACGUGUGCCCUGAAAAAACUUGUGUCCAUCACCACCCUUCAAGGGCUCUCGGUGACCUAACUGGUAUAAAGAAGCACUUUUGUCGAAAGCAUGGAGAGAAGAAGUGGAAGUGCGAGAAGUGCUCAAAGCGAUAUGCUGUGCAAUCAGAUUGGAAGGCACACUCAAAAACCUGUGGCACUAGGGAAUACAAAUGUGACUGUGGGACUGUAUUUUUGAGGCGAGAUAGCUUCAUCACUCAUAGGGCCUUUUGUGAUGCUUUGGCUGAAGAAACAGCUAGAGUUACCGCAACAUCAAACAUCAACAACACAAUGUUUAGCGACAUCAAUUAUCAUGUCACUGGAGCCCCAAGUCCAAUAGGACCUGACCUAGUACAUUUCUCUUCGAUUUUCAAGCCAACAACCUUAAACAACAAUGAUGAAAUUACCGAUCCACCAAAGUGGGGAUUCUCGCUGUGGAUGGCCCAAGGAACCCAAGGUCAUGAAGCAAUGGGCAACAAUCUUCAACAGAAUCAUCAAAUUGGAUCAUUAAGUUCAUCAACACUUUAUGGUGAUCCGCUUGUUUCAUGUUCAAAUCCUCCACCUACCGAUUAUCAGUUGAAUUGGGUACUUGGAAAUAAGCUUUCUUCCAAAAAUGGUGAAGAAGAACUAACAAGCACUUCACUUCCUUUGAGCAAUUUUAAGGAUCAGCUUGUUAGUGUUCCUUCAUUGUACAGCACCCAACACCAUUCUCAUCAAACACUUUUGCCAAAUAUUUCCGCAACUGCUUUGUUGCAGAAAGCUGCACAAAUCGGUGCAACUUCUACUGACCCAUCAUUCCUUGGAAGCUUUGGGUUGAAGUGUAGCAGUAACAAUCAAGUUCAAGAUGGAAAUAAGUUGUGUGGAUUGUACGGUACGACAAACCCAAUAAAAACUAGCCAUGGAAAUAGAAGUGAUGUAGAGAGCUCACUGAAUGAUCUCUCUACAUUUAAUCAGUUGCAAAAUUACCCCUCAAAGUGGCGAAACAUACAAAAUGAAGAUAGUAGUAAUAAUUCUGUUGGAGGGGAAACAAGGGAUUUCUUGGGAGUUGGUGCUCAAUCCAUCUGCCACUCAUCAUCAGUGAAUGGGUGGAUUUGAUCAUACGGGAAUUUUAUGGACUCUACAUAUUUUCUCAGAAGAAUAAAAGGUUAAUUACACAAAUACUGUCUCAAUUAUCAUUGAAAAUAUCAUUUUAUGAAAAUAUACAAAAUACUCUCAUUGUAGGGGGGUAAUUUUAUAAUUGAGAGAAUAAAAUGAUAUUCAAUGAUAUAAUUGGGAGGGUGUUCAUGUAAUUAACUCGAGAAUAAACAUAAAGUUGGUAAUGAAGUGGGAUCGAUAUUGGGGGAAGAAGGAAGGAGAUUUUAGUAAUGGCAAACUUUGCAGACAGGAAAAGGAGGUAUUGAGUGCUUGGGAGCUAAAGCCUAAAAGUUGUGCGUAGAAAAACUAAUCAAGUGGUGGAGGAGAUCCAUGCAUAUUCUUUUGAACUCUGAAAGUUGUUUCCUUUAAAAUGGUGGCUUUUAUUUUUGAUGCAAAAGGGGUGACUAGUGGGGACAAAGCAAGAGGCCCUUUAGAACUCCAUUAUUGCAAUGUUCCUUCUCUCUUGUGGUGGUUGUCUUUUUUAAACUGCAUAUGAAAGAGAAUUUCAUUGGCAAAA